AUGGCUGCUUUCAUAUCUACAGGUGGUUUGAUCCUGCUGAACCAUGGCGAACCAGAGCCUCUCCAAUAUGCUGCGAAUGCAGCUUUCCUCGCAACCCUCUACAGUGACUACCUCGAUGCUUCUGAUACUCCUGGAUGGUACUGUGGCCCAAGUUUCUUCAAAACUCAGGUCCUACGUGACUUUUCAACAUCUCAGGUUGAUUACAUACUAGGCAAGAACCCACAGAACAUUAGUUAUGUUGUGGGGUUUGGGCAGAAAUAUCCCAAACAUGUACAUCACAGGGGCGCUUCGAUCCCCAAGAACAAGAAAGUGACUUGCGAAGGAGGUUGGAAGUGGAAGGAGAGCAGUAACGAGAAUCCAAACACGAUUGAAGGAGCAAUGGUCGCUGGACCUGACAAGAAUGACGGCUUCCAUGACCUACGUGCAAACUACAACUACACACAGGCCACUCUGGUGGGAAACUCAGGUCUUGUGGCAGCUCUUGUAGCCUCGUCACGAGGGGGUGGAGGACUUGACAGAAACGGCCUCUUCUCAGCCAUUACUCCUCUGUCGUUGUCUCCGGAUCCUGAGACUUGA